GGCUCCCCACUGAGCAGGUGGGGCUCGAUCCCAGGACCCCCGGGAUCAUGACCUGAGUCCAAGGCAGAUGCUUAACCGACAGAGCCACCCAGGUGCCCCUCAGCUGUAGUUCUGACAGAGGAUGCUCCUUGGGGUGCAGGGCAGGAUUGUUCCUGGACCUCAGGCCCGCAGAGGCAGCCUCCCCUGGUGGGCAGAAGGCUUCAAGGACCCAGGUCAGGCUCUAGAGGAGGAGCGGGGAAUUGGGGCAUCCUGUCCGAGCUGAUACACUUUCCCAGCAGGGGGAGUGUAGUGGAGGAACUCUGUCCCUCCCCCGGAGUUGUCCUCAGAGGGGUCAGAGGGGCCAGAGGGUCAGUGCCCGGUCUCCUGCCCCCCUUCUUCCCUCCGGGGCAACCUUUAACCCAACACCAACUACAGAAAGGCUGCCUGCCCCCACACAUUCUCCCCAGAGCUCUCUGAGUCACAGAGAGGACUGCAGCUGACCAUGGAGGGCAGAGGCCCGCUGGUCACAUCGCCACGAUGGCUGUCACUGCUGUUGUUACUGCUUCCACCUCCCAGCGACCAGGGACAGGCCCCGAGACAGGCUGUCUCCACCCAGAGGGUCCAGGACCCCCCUGCUGUGCACCUCAGCAAUGGCUCAGGACGAGAGCCCAUCAGCAUCAUGACUUUUGACUUCACCAAGAUCAGGAAAAGCUCUUCCUCCUUUGAGCUUCGAACCUGGGAUUCAGAGGGAGUGAUUUUUUAUGGCGAUACCAACCCAAAGGAUGACUGGUUUGUGCUAGGACUUCGAGAUGGCAGGUCUGAGAUCCAGCUGCACAAUCAGCUGGCCCAGCUUACAGUGGGCGCGGGGCCCCGGCUGGACGAUGGCAGGUGGCACCAGGUGGAAGUGAAGAUCCUUGAUGAUUCGCUGCUACUGAGUGUGGACAGGGAGGAGGUGCUGCGCCUGAGACAGGUCUCUGGGCCCCUGGCCAGCAAACCCCAGCCCAUCGUCAGAAUUGCACUGGGGGGACUCCUGUUCCCAGUCUCCAGCCUCCAUUUGCCGCUGGUCCCUGCCUUGGAUGGCUGCCUGCGCCGGGGUAACUGGCUGGACCCACAGGCCCAGACCUCCGGAUCUGCUUCUAGUAGCAGCCUCAGAAGCUGUGCCAUCGAAUCCCAACCUGGGACGUUCUUCCCGCCAGGGACUCGUGCAGAAUUCAAUCUCCAAGACAUUCCCCAGCCUCAUGCCGAGCCCUGGGCCUUUUCUCUGGACCUGGGACUCCAGCUGGCAGCAGGCUCCGGCCACCUCCUUGCCCUUGGGACCCCAGAAAACCCUUCUAGGCUCAGCCUCCACCUCCAGGAUCAAAAGGUGGUGCUGUCCUCUGGGUUGGGGCCAGAGCUGGAUCUGCCCCUGGUCUUGGGACUCCCUCUUCAGCUGAAGCUGGCUGCAUCCGGGGUGGUCUUGAGCCAGGGGUCUAAGAAGGAGAUCCUUGCUUUACCUGCCUUGGACUUGGACCUUGCCUCCCUCCUCAAGCUCUGGGUCCAGCCGCAGGGGCGCCUCUUCCUGGGGGCUCUGCCAGGAGAGGGCUCUUCGGCCUCCUUUUGCUUGGAUGGCCUUUGGGCACAAGGCCAGAAGCUGGACAUGGACCGGGCCCUGAGCAGAAGUCAGGACAUCUGGACUCACAGCUGUCCCCAGGGCCCAAACAAUAGCCCUGGCACCACCCAUUAAAUCCCCACCUAAGAAUCUCCUUGAAUGUCGCU